AUGCUCGACCGCGUAUGGUUCUCACGAUAUCCAAGACCUCAAGAAUGCAUUUUUGACAAUGGCAAAGAAUUCCUUGGCAAAGAAUUCCAAGAACUACUAAAACGUUAUGGAAUCAAACCGGUCCCUACAACAGUCAAGAACCCUCAAGCUAAUUAUGUAGAACGAAUCAACCAAACGCUCGGAAACAUGCUCCAUACAAACGAAUUAGAGGAAUUUGACUUCGAUUAUAAUGAUCCUUGGACCCAAAUCUUAAGCAACUGCGCUUGGGCUAUUUGCUCCACUAUCCAUACUGUCAUGGAAGCGACACCCGCUCAACUAGUCUUAGGUCGUGAUAUGCUUUUCUACCUGACAUUUAAAACAAAAUGGUGCGAUAUUAAAAGCAAACGUCAACAAGCCGCAAAUAAGAAUAACACACAAGAAAACUCCAAACGCCAGCCACACAAAUACCGCGUGGGUGAUUUGGUCCUCCUUGAUCACGGCAAAUUGCAACAAAAACUCCUGCCCAAACGAACAGGUCCAUAUCAAGUACUCCGUGUCUACAACAAUGGCACAAUCAAACUACAACGUGUCUUCUAUGCACAACGGGUAAGUCUCUGA